CACAAGCAGGGGAAGCAGCAGACAGAGGGAGAGGGAGAAGCAGGCUCCCCGCCCAACAGAGAGCCCAGGACCCUGGGAUCAUGACCCGAGCCAAAGGCGGACGCUUAACUAAGUCACCCAGUGACAGCAAUCCGUAUUCUUCAUUUGGAGCAACUCUGGCAAGAGAUGAUGAAAAGAAUUUGUGGAGCAUGCCCCACGAUGUGUCCCACACAGAGGCAGAUGACGACAGAAUCCUGUACAAUUUGAUAGUCGUUCGAAAUCAGCAGGCCAAAGAUUCAGAGGAGUGGCAAAAACUCAACUACGAUAUCUACACCCUGCGGCAGAUUCGGAGGGAAGUGAGAAAUAGAUGGAAACGCAUUUUAGAGGAUUUAGGUUUUCAAAAGGAAGCCGACUCUUUGUUGUCAGUGACGAAACUCAGCACCAUCAGUGAUUCUAAAAACACAAGGAAAGCUCGGGAGAUAUUGUUAAAACUGGCUGAAGAAACCAAUAUUUUUCCAACAAGCUGGGAGCUCUCGGAGAGAUACCUCUUUGUCGUGGAUCGUCUCAUUGCUCUUGAUGCAGCAGAAGAGUUCCUUAAAAUUGCUAGCCGAACUUACCCCAAGAAGCCUGGAGUCUCAAGCCUACCAGAUGGCCAGAAAGAACUGCACUACCUUCCAUUUCCAAGUCCGUAAAGGAGAGUCAAGGAGGCAGAAUUGGGAUUCCCCUCUACUGGUACUCAACAGCCAACCCAAGUUGGACAAAUGCAUAUAGAAGACAGUAAGCAAGUGGAGGGUUAGCUAAGUGAAAAAUGGUUCUAAAUCCUAUAAAAACUAAGGGUUUGGAAUAUUUGGUCUUCAAGAGGAUGUCACUGUAAGGAGUAUUCAGGUUGCGUUGAGAUACACUGGUGAUCUUGUAUCAGGGAGUUGGCCGGUGGGAUCUUUCCUCCUGGCUGAUUAUAUUUCAAGAACCCACUGUCCCCACUUUGGUUUUGGUUGUGCAAUAAGCCUAUUGGGAGAAUGGGAUGUUCUAGGUGAGAAAACAGUAAGAUUGAUAGAGCUAUCAUUGAGCCCAAAUAUGGAUUACUGAAUUUUAAAUAAUCGUUAUAUAAUAUAGGCUAAUGCCAAAAUAAUACCAGGCAUUAUAUGACCUUUCUUUGAUUUGGAGGAUCCUUCAGAACCUUGCAGGUGUCAGAGGCAUCAUCUUGAGUAUAAGUCAUGAUUAUUCAGAGGUUCCGAUGUAGCAGAUAAUAGAAAUAUCUAACAGUGCUGCCCAGAAGGGACUUCCAAACAGAUCGAUCCCAGGCAGAACUCCUUGCAGUGCCAUGUCAAAAAGCUCCAUCUUCAGUGGUGGGACUUGCAUCUUAAAUUCUCAACAUUAUCAAUACCUGGUUACCUUAUUUUGAUGUCUCAUCCAUUUCUAGACCACAAGCCCUUGCUAUGUUAUCUGGGAUAGCAUCUAUCAACUGAAACGUUUGGCCUUCACUUCUUUCUCUUCUCUUUAAUCUGCUACUGGCUUUAGUGGCUGAGAGUCGCCCCUGCCCAGCGACCCGCAGCGCAGACUUGCAGCUCUGCGUGUGCGGGCGGUGUUGCAAGGAAGGUCAUUGCUGGACUCUCUUCCCGUUCGGAGGAGGAUUUUCAAGAUGGAACAAUGCUGCCAGUACGGCUUGCUUCUCUCUCCACAGACUGCGAAGUCCAGCCUCGGAAGUUACUUGCCACUUAAGCAAGGAGCUUGCAGGAAAUAAAUCAUGGUUCACAUUACUGAAUAGACUUUCAGAAGCUGUCAGAUGUAUGGGUAGAUUGCUGAGAACACUGGCAAUAUUUUUACUCCUACAGACUUUGCUCUUCUGAGUUCAGGUAAAAGGUAACUUGUCUUUAGUUUGUCCAGGGGAUUGUGACUUGAAAACUUGCUGACCGGCUCUUUUGAUAGUGUACACAAGGUUUGAAAUAUUUCUUAGAGGAGAUACAUGUUCUCCAUUUCUUAAUGCAUUGCAGACCAAUUUAACUGACAUGUUUCAGGAAGAUUCUUUCUAGUAUAGUAAGUAAGUUAAAAGUUUUAUUUUUUAUAUUUAACGCUUAACCUCUCUCUCAUGUUGUUUAAAAUUAGCCUGCAGACAAUUUCCCUCACUUCUGUAGGCUCUUGUGAGAUAAACGUACAAAAAGUGAAACAAAUAAAAACAAAACAUACAAAAAAUAAGCAAUAAAUCUUUGAAAUCA